CGGAUGUAGUUUGGAUCCCAUUAGUUCAAUUUCCGGGUGAAAAUAUUGUGCAUGAAGUAAAGUCUGCCUGCAGAUUCAUUUGGACGAACUUUUCAUCCAACUUAACUUUGUAAAAUGUCCCGAGGCUCCAGUGCAGGGUUUGAUCGACACAUCACCAUCUUCUCUCCCGAGGGGAGGCUCUACCAAGUCGAAUAUGCUUUCAAGGCCAUAAACCAAGGAGGACUCACAUCAGUAGCGGUCAGGGGGAAGGACUGUGCAGUUGUUGUAACACAGAAAAAAGUACCGGACAAGCUCCUGGAUGCUGCCACAGUGACCCACCUUUUCAGAAUAACAGAUAAUAUUGGAUGUGUAAUGUCUGGGAUGACGGCUGACAGCAGGUCUCAAGUCCAGCGAGCUCGCUACGAGGCGGCCAACUGGCAGUACAAGUACGGUUAUGAGAUUCCAGUGGACAUGCUGUGUAAGAGAAUCGCUGACAUCUCACAAGUCUACACGCAGAACGCUGAGAUGCGACCACUGGGCUGUUGUAUGAUCGUGAUCGGUAUAGACGAGGAGCACGGCCCCCAGGUGUACAAAUGUGACCCAGCGGGUUACUACUGCGGCUUCAAGGCCACCGCAGCCGGAGUGAAGCAGACAGAAGCCACCAGCUUCCUGGAGAAGAAAGUGAAAAAGAAACUGGACUGGACCUUUGAACAAACUGUCGAGACGGCGAUCUCGUGUUUGUCAACUGUUCUCUCCAUCGACUUCAAACCCUCUGAGCUCGAGGUGGGCGUUGUCACAACGCAGGACCCCAAGUUCAGGAUGCUGACAGAGAGCGAAGUGGACGUCCACCUGGUGUCCCUGGCAGAGCGGGACUGAGCGAGCAGAGAGGCGUCACCUGUUGGAUUAAGUUAGAGCAUGAUGGGAUCUGCAGUUCCCAGAUGGAGGCUGGUGUUAUCUUUGUUUGCUGUACAUUUACCCCACUGUUUCAUUCAACAAUAAAAAAAAGUUUUUCGAGUAAAAUAA